UAUGACAAAAUUCUGUCGUGCUGUGGCGCGCUGGGCGUUGUUACCGAUGCGGUCUUGUUUUUGCAAUACAUUUGUGUGCGUCUGCUCGGCAAAUAGGUUGUCGACAAGUUUAAUUUAAGUUCUUACGAUGGCAAACGAAGUAAAUUAUGGAGAGUGGAAACUUCCCCAGUUGCGAGAAGAAUUGAAAAAACGCGGGGUAAAGGUAUCUGGAAGGAAGAAAGAGCUCGUAGACAGACUGUGUGGAUUAGACAACUUGGGAAGAUUGGCAUCCCAAAAUAUCGAGCCAGAGUUUGUGAUGGAUGUCCCAGAGCCCAAGGCAUACCAAGACAUACAUGCUGGUAUGUCGACCGUGGUAACGAUUUCUCAGCAGCGACUCAUAGACUACCUCCGGUCGAAUGAGAAGGAGUAUGACGAAAAAGUUGAAGAAAUGUAUAAUGAAAGAUAUGUAAGAUUCAUUCGAGUUGCAGAUGGGGAUGGAAAACAAUUUCUGCGAGGGUGUGUGUGGGCAGAAAUGAGGAAGAACGUGUCCUAUGAUGUUGAUGUCAGUAUAGAUCAAAAUGGAGUGGUCCAAGAAGCUCAGUGUGACUGUGCUGCAGGCCAGGGCCCUACAGCACACUGCAAACACGUGGCAUGCAUCCUUUACUGUGUGGUCCAGUUUGGAAAAUGUAAAAAGAUAAUAACUGAAGUCACCUGUACACAGAGACUUCAAACGUUUCACCAUGCUAAGGCAUAUAGAAGUUCCCCCAUGAAAGCUGCUAAGCUACAUGACAUGAGAGGACAUUCAUUCCGAUAUGAUCCACGUCCAGAGGAAUACAGAAAUCAAGAAGGCUACCCUGACCAUUUCCAGAAUGCAGUUAUUAAUUACCAGGCCAGCUGUGGUACAAAUAACAAAAUGCCAGUCGUACAGCUUUACCAGCCAGCCAAUCCACAUGCUCUGAAUUUCAUGCAUGACUAUGUUAUGCGUUCAGAUGAAGCUUUUCUACGUAAAUCUAAGGUACAUUGUAACCCUGCUUAACAUACAUGUUAGCUUGCAAAUUUAACUUCAACCUACCAAUGCUUUUACAACAUACUUGGGUGUGACAAUUAUUUGGCCAUAAAAUAAAAUAUCA